AAGCUGCGCGCUCAUUUACCUAUAGGCCGUCUUAACGCGCGGUUGGUUCUCUGAUUAUUAACCGGUAAAUAUUUCUAAAUUUCCAACGUUGUCUUACAAAAUGUGGCAAACUGUCAAACAAGUUUCAAGUUUGUGCAAAAUCGCAUUAAUUUGCGGCUUAAUUGUGGUGAACGGUGUGAAUGAGGUUACAAGUGUUGAGUUCUACGCAGAAAAACCGGCUUUCCUGCCAUCGUGUAAAAUAAAUGAGCCUGGUUUUACAAAAUGCUCUACAAAUACAGUACAAAAACUGAUUGAUCAGCUUGUUAUUGGUAUACCUGAGGUUGUGGAGGAGUUCGGUCCAUUCGAUCCUAUGCGCGUGCAUGACAUAUAUUUCAAACAAGACAGCAAUGAUGUAGCCAGAGUGCGCGCCAAUUUAAGUGACGUCAUAGUGAAAGGCUUCUCGAAGACAAUCAUUAAGGAAAGCAGAGUCAGUAAGAAGGACUACAGUUGGAUUACGAAAAUUUUUCUGCCGAAAAUGCGAAUGGACGCCAAUUAUAAAAUGGAAGGACGAAUUUUGUUGAUACCGCUAAGAGGUUCUGGCAAAAUGUUCAUCGAAAUUGAAAACCUCGAUAUCAAGCUUUAUACGAAGACUCGGCUUUAUGAAAAGGGAGGUUUCACCUUUGACAAUGUCACUGCAGUUCGUGUAGACUUGAACAUGACGCGCGUGCGGACCAAUUUCGAAAACAUAUUCAAUGGCCAAAGCAAAGAAGUGGAACGCAGCACAAAUGAAUUCUUCAAUGAAAACUGGCGCGAUUUCUACGAAGCACUCAAACCGAUUAUCAUUGAAACUGUGGAGACCAUACUCUACGACAUAAUGCAUAAGGUAUUCGAAUUAAUACCAGCAAACUUCUUCGUUGAAGACAUACCCACCUCUGAGCAAUUGUAUGGAACGAAGAAAAGCGCAAAAAAUAAAUAAUUAUUGUGGAAAUUAAAUAAAUGUUGAAACUUGUUA